AUGAAUUUAGUAAAUGAAAUUCGUUCAGGUUUUUAUUCUGAUUUUUUGUUUAAAUGCAAAAUGUGUAAUUUAGAAAAAAAAAUUAGUUCUACUAAAUUUGUACCCGAUAGCAAUUGGUCUAUCAAUAAAGCUGCUGUAAGUAGCUCUAUCGCAAUAGGAAUUGGUUAUACACAGUUAUCCGAAUUGUUUUUAUCAUUGAUAAUAAUGCUAUUGUUGAAAUUAAAGCACCGUAUGCAGCAAAAGAUACUUUAA